AUGUGUCUUAUAAGGACUUAUAUACUCGCCCUAGCGAAGGAUGAAGAGUUUUUAGUGGCCGUUAAUAAUACGACUCUUAAGAUAGUGAAGGAUUUCGAGUAUAUAUAUAAAGCGUAUAAGUCUUCGUAUAAAUUGGGAGGUGCGAAAAAGGAUAUAAGUAGGUUCCGACUACGAUUCGCUGACGUUUCGAAGAAAGUCUUAUCUAGAUAUCGAAAGUAUUUGGAUAGACGACGCGCGAUAUACCUAAAUCCUUUACCUCGCCCCCUAGUCUCGUCUCUAGUAAGGGUCUGGAAACGGUACUAUUAUAAAUCGGGGUAG